AUGGCCAAUUUCGCGCACCGUGUCUUGUAUGUGGUGAGAGACAAGGACGAUGAUGACCCGAAGCCAGGACCACCGCCACCCAAAGAAACAAACUCUGCUCAAGCCGCCUCAGGAGCUCUACCCAUCGCGACCGGAUCCCUGGCCAGUACUGUCCCAUCAUCGACAUCUACAACAUUGCCAACAUCAGGAUUAUCGGGAACAUCGGGAACAUCGGGAUACUCAGAAGGAUCGGGGUCAUCAAGGAAUAGCUUCGGCCCGGCAGAAAGUGCAGGAAUCGGUGUCGGAGUCGCCCUUGCGCUACUGGCCAUAGCCCUAGGAGCAUGGUUCUUUAUACGGCGCAGACGAAAGCGCAGACUGAGGAAAGCCUCGCUCGGCUCAUCGACGCCUGAUACCGAAGCCGGCCUCGCAAACAAAGAAUACGGCCCACCCAGCAUCAAAGAGAUGGAAGCCGAGAGACGAGCAUCCGAGCUAGCUGCCCACAUGGGCCCAGUCGAAGUUCCAGGCGACCCAGAGUUCGUGGCCGAGCUGGAAGGCUCGAAUGCCGCCAUCGGGGCGGUCGCAGAGAAGAAAGAUCGCGAGCGUCUUUUUGCUGAUGCGCCGCUCGAUGAACCAGGUGACCGUGAUGAGUUUGGCUUCAGCAGGAAUAACAGCAGGAGCGAUGUCAAGGGCGGCAUCGAUUUCAAAGGCUCCAACGUCAAGAAAUCUGACUCCUAG